CUUGUUUUCACGUCACCUUAUACGUUUACAGGAACGAAGCCGAAAACCAAAAUAAAAGAAAAACUGGAGGGGAAAAUGAGAUCCCUUCUCCUCACGGGGUUGAGCUUCGCGCUAACUACAGCUGUCAUUGGAAAUGCAUUUUAUCAAAAGAAACAGUUUUAUCCUACUGUUGUUUAUAUCACCAAGUCAAAUCCAUCUAUGGCCGUAAGUAGAAUAUAACUUAACGCCAUUUGAUGAAAGCACCUGAUUUCGAUAGGUCCCCAAAUACUUCAAUUACUCUACCACUACUACUACCGCUACACUUGAAUCCCUGCUAAAAAUUACAAACAUUCAACGGAGCUAUUAUUAUUACUACUACCCCCAUCCCCUUUUCUGUGAAAUUACCCCCUGAUACUGAUACUAGUGAUGCCUAAUAAAAAAUAAAAUGAAUGUAUAAUAUAGUAGGCUAUAGACUAUAGAUGGUUACUAGGCCUAAUAAUUAACUAUAAUUAUUAAUAUAUUUUAUAUAUUCCUAUUAGGCUGUAUAUUAUAAACUCAGGCAUAUAGGCCAUAUUAAUACUUUUAUUAAAAUAUUAAUUUUACAUUAUUAUUACAGUGGUCUUAUAUAGCAGCAUAGUACAGUACCCCAACCUAGGGCUACGCUCUCUGUACUUCACAUAAAAAUUAGCAAAAAGAAAAAAAAGAAACAUAACAUUAUUAUAAUAAUAAUCUAAAACCUUUACAUAAAAUUAUUCAUUUAAAAACAGCUUUGUAAAAAUAUUGACCUCACUCACCCAAAUACCCCUGUCUAGCCAUAGACGGCGGCACCCAGCAGCAUGGAGCACUGUAAAUUAAUAUAAAAUUAUCCUUGAAUCUUUCUCGCUUACUUAUCUAAUUUUCAAUCCGUCCUAAUUUGUUGUAGGCCUACUUAAUUAAGGCUACUUAAUUACUACUUUUACUAGUCAGUUCUUACUCCACUAAAAUUAAUAAGACUAGCCUAUUAAACUAAUACUAUUACUAUUAUACUGUUAAUUUGCCUUUUUAAAACUCAAUUUGUUAAGUCUCUCAGCCUAAUCUUCUCUACUACUUACUUUAUUUUAUUGUUUUUACCCCUAGUUUUCUUGUCUAUUUUAAAGUUGUUACAUGAUUAGACCUAAAAUUAACUUAUGACUCAAUAAGAGUAAUAGGACACUAACACUUAAUAAGGUCUAGACCUAAACAGUAUUAGAUUUAAGUAAGCAAGUCAAGUUAGUAUAAGCUCUACUCUUACUCUUAGUGGGUCUAGUAAAUAAAAACUUAAUAGAGAUAGACUGAUAGAACUACUUACUAGGGGUGUGCCGGACCCCGGUCCGGAAUCCGGUUCCGCCGGAUUUUGCACUAUCCGGUGAAAUCCGGUUCCGCCGGAUUUACAUGUAUCCGGAACAACCGGAUUCCGGAAUCCGGAAUAUACCGGAUUUCGGAAUUUGCCAGAUUUUGUGACUCACCGGAUCAUAAUCUGAAAUAAAAGUAAUUCUCUUUCCCGAAUUUCACACGAUCACGAUACAUUAAUCGAUUGUUUCGAGCGUUGAGCUUGUUUAAUGUUUAAUAUUCCGUACAUACCAGAGGCUAGAGUCAGCACCGCUAAUAGUGGCCAAUAGUGUAGGGACUUUGAUAAGAAAAUUUAAACUUUUUGUAAAAAUAAACCAAUGGCAUAGUUGAAAAGAUGUAAUUUUUUAAAGAAUUAUAACACCAAAAUCAUAUUUUUAGCUGUUGUAGUUUUAAAGUUAUGAAUUUUUAAAGUACGACUUGGUUUGUCAUUUUUUAACAUGGACUGCAUCUCCACAUUCUGUGAUCUCAUUCCACCAAUCCCGUCAUGCGCAAUGACUAUAUAGUUUAUAUAAGGCAACGCAUUCCCUGCCUUAUCACUAAAAUACUGUUUAGACUUAGUUUAAACUUUCAACUUUGGCACAUGAAUAAUUAAUUAAAGCUUUCCCUGACCAAUGGUUUAAUAGUUUUUGCACACGGCAAACUCUUAUGAAUGAAACUCUGAGGUAGUACUACGAUACAGUUAUGCAAGUGGCUGUGAAUGGUUGCCAAUGACAACGUGUUGCACACGGUAAAUUCUGAUCAUUUAUAAUAUGGAUUCUACCGGGUUGUUAAAGCUCAAAUUAAAACAUUCCAGUUUAAAUGUCUUUAAAUGCAUUCUGAAACACAAGUUAUCAAUUAUUUUGAUGUAAAUAGUGAUAAUAAAUUAAUAUUUCCUAAGUAUCGUCAACUUCCGCCAUUAAAAAGGGGGGCGUGGCCAACCCCAUGGCGAAAUUAGGUUGAGCGAGCUGCAUAACCUGCUGCGAACGCGUAGAAACAUGGCGUCUCUCGUAAGACACUUAUCCAAAUGGAACGGAACUCAAAUAUAUAUCGAAAGUACUAAUUUAAUAAUAAAUAGACACACACAUCGGAAAAUUAAAAACUCGGAUUUUUUGGCGCCGAUUGCGAAUUCCCAUACACAAAAAGUAGUAGUCCACCUUGACUUACCGAAGUAUCUACCAAUAGUACCAAAAUCCGGAAUCCGGGAGAAACCGGUAUCCGGAUCCGGCGGAUUUCGCAUAAGAAAAUCCGGAUCCGGAUCCGGUUGGAAAAAACGGAUCCGGCACACCCCUACUACUUACUACUAUUGAAGAAAAGUGUUAAGAUCCUGUCUUAGAUUUAGUAAGAUGGGAUUUUAGUCUUAACUGUAAUGAGUAGAACAUAAUCUACUCCCUUAUGCAUAGUAAGAUAGGCCUCUUUAAAUUAGCCUAUGCCUAUGCAUUUUUAUUUACUUCUUAAGUUUUUUCUUCACUUUACAAAAUGUAUAAGUUUUGCCAUGGUAACUUUAAAUUUGAAUAUAAUUGGCAUAAUAAUAAGUUAUACAUUUAUAUUAUUUUUUUUAUCCAGGUUAUUUACAUCCAGGCCCUUGUUUUUGUGGUGUUAAUGGGCAAGAUGUUACGUUCAUUAUUUUUUGGGCAGCUACGAGCAGCGGAAAUGGAGGUAUUUUUUUAAAUUCAUUUUCAUAUCUUGAGUUCAACCAGAUCAAAUAAAAUUUAAAAAUUCCCGACCCUAUGUUGCAGGUUUUUUCUCAUUUUGAUAUUAAGUGCUGACUAUUCAGGUAAUUUAGUACUUAAAAGACCCCCCUUGGGGCUCUAGUCGGCAUGUUUCUCCUAAAAAUGGCAUGUCCAUCAUGAGGCGUUUGGCCACAACCCCUGAAACGUUACCCAAGGGACAUUACCACCGUGUAGGGGACCUGAGCUGAAAGGCAAGGGUAACACACGGAAACUGCGAUUAGAACGAGCACGACUGCAUGGAUUCCUACCAAGUGCAGUUGAAAAUAACGCAGAUACAGGUUGGGACAUGAUUACAGUUUGACGCAUAGAUAUGAGGUGAAGGCGUGUGGCAACCUUUCACCCAUGAUUCUAACUAUGCAGUCUUGAGGGUACUGCUCCCAGGCAACCUCUCUCUCCCAUCUACGGUGUGAGCUAGUCACGCGGCAGAAUAACCAUCCAAACCCUAUUAUAGGGCAUCGGUACAAACAACUACGCGUCCCCCUGGGGUGGGAAGGGGGGACUUAGAGACGUUAAAUAUAUCCACCCCCCAACCCCCUAGACAGCCCGGCCCAGUUGCUGUGAGAGUUGCUGUGAAGAAAUCAGCCCAGCUGGCCAGGUGUUUCUUGUCUGGUGCCGCCUCACCAACAUUGCCAAUCGGGUGGAAGGGUGGGUGUGGCUGUCUCAGGGGCAAAAUGUCCCUGGCGUGCCGCUUCGCGACCCGAUCGGAAUAAAGACCACUGGGGGAGUGGUUGAUGGCCGGUUGGGUUGGCGGGGUGGGACGUCGGGGGAGACCAUAUGAGCCUCGGCUCGGUGUCUGCUGAUUUUCUUAAGUAAGUUAGUUAGUACUUAAAAGAUGCUUUUGUAAGUUUAUUUGAUGGCUCAGAGGAUGCCAUUGAAGUUAUGAUUAAUUCUUUCAUACAAAUUGAAAGUUAUAGUCUGUUUAAAAUGACAGUUGUUUUUAAUGCUAUGAAUUAACAGUGUCAUAUUGUAGUAUUUAGCAUUGAAAUUGCCAUAUUAUUUACUGGCGACUUUAUACAAUUUUAAUGCUGGACAUUUUAUAAUUAUUUUUGCAAAAAAUAUUAAUUUUCAUCAAAUGCCAUGAAAUUUAGAUUGUUUUAUUGUCUUAGUGGACUAGCUUUCCUAAACACUCUAAGGGUUCAACACUGACUUAUCAGAAGAGUAUUCUCAUUCUCUAAAUCAGACAAUGAUCAGCUUGUUGAUUUCUUUGGCAACAGCUUCAUAAUGCUUUAAGUCCAUACCUUCCCACUGGAAGGUGGUAAUAAUUGAGUAGUUACCAGUAUCUCCUCAGUAUUUUAAGAACAUAUUGCUGUCUGGUCCCUAUUGGCCUUUUAAUUGUUGUCCGGAUGAUGUUUCUUUCAAUGACUCUGCACCCUCAGCUGCAGUAUUUCAAGUCAAUUUUCAAGUCAAGUUAUUUCUAAUUUGGAUUCAUUGAAUUAAGAGCAAAACAAUUUUGCACUGAUAUCGUCUUGAUUGCAUAUUGCUUUCUAUUGAUAUAUAUUUUAGGACAAUAAAUUAGCAAAUAACUCUUUGUCUUAUACCUUUUUUAGGUCAAAUACCAAUCUGAACUAAAUUUAUGUGGUUCUGGAUGGGAGAAGAUAGAGACCAUUUUUGGUAGAAACCCAUAAUAGAUUAAAAUUUAACACUUUUUAAAAAUUAUACAGAACAUAUUAUUGCUUAAAAUUUGUCAGUGUUUUAUUUUUACGUAUUGCUUUUUUUUUUAUCACAGCACCUCAUAGAGCGCUCUUGGUAUGCAGUCACUGAAACCUGCUUAGCCUUCACUGUAUUUAGAGAUGACUUCAGUCCACGCUUUGUUGCUCUUUUUACACUGCUUUUAUUUCUCAAAUGCUUCCAUUGGUUAGCAGAAGACAGAAUAGAUUAUGUAAGUAAAAAAAGGCUCAUUUUUUUUGGAAUGUAUUUAACUUAUGUCAAAUCACUAAAAACAAAAUGUUGAAAUCCUUCAGAGGAUGAUUCUGUAUAUUUUUUUAUAAGAACCAUUACGGUUGGAUCUAUACUAUAAAAGCAGGUGUAGCAAUAUAUAUCACUAUCAAUCACAAACAAGAAUCAAAUUUAAUGGACCACUUCCUAUCACCCAAGAAACUUGAAGCUUGACAACAUUGAGGCUGAUACCAUCAUCGAGAUCCCUAGAAAAAUUGUACAUUCUAAAAAGUCUCCCUGGAGACAGAGGGGGGGGGGGGGGGGGGACUGGUGGGUCAGAUUGCAAAAGGGAUUCAGGAGAACCAUGCAUGGCUAAACAGGAAAAUCAAUUAGUAGAAAAUUCUUAAAACACAUGACAUCACUGGUGUUCAUUGUCAUCCUAACAUGAGUUAGUGCUUUAAGCACAAUGAAUUGUUAUUUUUGUGAACAUAAAAACCUGAAUUUGUAUAUAUAUAUAUAUGUUUUUAAACCAAGUAGCUAAAGUUUAAUAUUACCAAAAACAAGUGAUGAAGACCCUUUCAUCUUUCAAUUACAUAUGAUUAUUGUGUUGGAUUCGACAUUAUUAUUUCUUUAAAUGGUAAAAACAAAAACUUGGUACUGGUUUCGCUGAUUUAGUUUGCUUUAUUAAGAAACUGGACCGUGCGACAACUUUUAAGGGGCAGCCUUAAGCAUAAAAAAUUAAGGAAGUCUUUUGUUUUCUGAGGUAUGCAUAUUGCAUAUAACUUUUAUACAAUGCUACCACUAAUAUUUUUAUAUUUGUUUCCUGAAAAAUGACAAUGUAAUUGUCCUUUGUUAAUCGUGUUUUUAUAAAAAUUCAAAUUAUUUUCAUGUUGACAUCCUGAACAUUACCUGCUAAAUUUAAUUUAUGGAAUGAAAAUAAGCAAAGCAAAGACCAAGGUCAUUUAAGUUGGCAUGUUCCCAAAAGAACUGAUUUAACUUUCAGUGGUCAGAUGAUCCGUCAAAACUAGGAGUUUAAAAAUUUUUUAAGCAUUGUCACAGAAGAUGGAAAAAGGGAUUUGACAUGUAAAUAUUUCUUGAAUGUGUGGAGUAAAUAUAUAUUUGUUUUUUUAAAUUAAAUUCAUGUAUGUUAAUUUUUAAGUUCAUGAUUAUGUUUGUUAAAUUGUAUGUACAGCGUGGUGGGUUUUACACUAUAUAAAAACACCAAAAAUAAUAACAAUAAUAAUAAAGAGAUAGAGACAAGACAGACAAGAGCGCAGCCGGCAAAUGUGGUUAUCUACCAAAUUGCCCCGCUUCUAAUUAAGUAUCUGAGACAUUGGAAAAGUAAUUGGAAAAAUCGGGAGGGGUGAUGUUAUGACACUAUUUAUUUUUGACCAUUUUGAUUGUUUUUGAUUUAUUGAAAUACAAAUAUAUUGCACUUAUUCUAAGUUUUAAAUCAUAAAAUGUUGAAUCUCACAGUCUAAAUAAAUAGAUCGCGAAAUUGAAAUUCAAAAUUUCCUUUUUUUUUAAACUCUACCGCUGGGAAAAGGUGGGCGGCCUAGGAAGACAUACAUUUUUUUUAAAGCUCAGAAGGAGCAUGGGGCCAAAAGUUUAGAAGACACUGGGCUAAAGACUGUGGCUUAAUGAUAAAAUAAAUGUGGGGGCUGUGUUUAAAAUAUUGCUUUAUCUUGUUUCACUAUUUAUAGACCCUGACCUAUAUUCUAUAGAUAUUUGAGAUGGUUGUGUGGUUUACAUGAAGAGUUUUGGUCUUAGUAGAAGACUUUUCAUGAGAUAACUCAUGGGUCAAUGUUUUCUGGGAGCCGGUAAGAUUAGGGGAAGGGAUAGUGGGGAGAUGUUUCCGACUGUGGUGUAGCACUUAGAUAUUGAUGGAGUGGGUGGUAACGAUCUGACACAAAAGGGGAUUUCUGGGAAGGUGAGGUAAAAGAGAUUAAUUAGUUGGAGAUUAAAAGACUGGAUGGAAGUGUGGAACAUAAGAAUAAGUUGAUAGUGCGGCUAGAUUUGAUUAGCGUAAGUAUUUUGAAAUAAUGAAACACCAUGACCAUUAAUCAGUGAUUACUUAUUAAUUUAUCCUGGCAUAUAUUAUAAUAAUAUGUUGUGACAUAGAUUGGAUGGAGGAAGAACAACUAUGAUCCUAGUUUUUAAGGAAGGUGACAGUGUUUUAGUGUAAGGUUGAAGAACGAUUGAAGGGUGGCGUUUAAAAAAAAAAAAAAAGGAGUUUGGGGAGAAAAUUGGGAUUAAUUUAUACUGGCAUAUAUUAUAAUAAAAUGUUGUGACAUAGAUUGGAUGGAAGAAGAACAACUAUGAUACUAGUUUUUAAGGAAGGUGACAGUGUUUUAGUGUAAGGUUGAAGAACGAUUGAAGGGUGGCGUUUAAAAAAAAAAAAAAAGGAGUUUGAGAAGAAAAUUGGGAUGAUAAGAGAGAGUAUGUCAUGAGGUUGGGGUGUUGGAUUUUGUGGAUGUACAUAUGAGAUGGUAGUCAGGGGUUAGAAGCCGUAGUGAAUGAAAGACUAUUUGGUGAUAAAUUAGAAAUACUAUAGUAGGGUAUGUUGGGUGGUAAAAUAAAAAAAUAAUCAAACAGCAACAAAUUUAAACAACAGCUCACAGUAAACAGUAGAUUGUUACAAACAGUUGUUCCAUAAUGGUAACAUCUCACAGUUAACAUUAGAUUGUAACAAAUUGUUACAUAAUGGUAACAUCUCACAGUCAACAUUAGAUUGUAACAAAGUGUUACAUAAUGGUAACAUCUCACAUCACAGUAAAAGAAAGAUUAUAACAAACAAAUGUUACAUAAUGGUAACAUCUCACAGUAAAUGAUAGAUAGUAACAAACAAGUGUCACAUAAUGGUAACAUUUCACAGUAAAUGAUAGAUAGUAACAAACAAGUGUCACAUAAUGGUAACAUCUCACAGUAAAUGAUAGAUAGUAACAAACAAGUGUCACAUAAUGGUAACAUCUCACAGUAAAUGAUAGAUAGUAACAAACAAGUGUCACAUAAUGGUAACAUUUCACAGGAGACGAAAAAUUUGUGUGCCAUCAAGUCAAAAACCAUUAAAGAUGACUUGAGACUUCCAAUAAACCAUUAACACCCCCCUUCCCCCAUAGUCAAGCAUGAGUAUAUUUGCCGGUCACUUAUAAAAUGAAAUUUUAAAUUAUAUUUGCCAUAUAUCAUUAAAACAAAAUUUUUUUAUUUUUUUCAAGAUGGAAAGGAGUCCUGCUAUCUCUUGGUUAUUCCAUAUUAGAGCCUUAUGUAAGUAAACAUUUACCCUACUUUGAGAAAUCUUAAACUAUUGCUUUUUAUCUACAAAUAUUUUAAAUUGAUGACAAUGUUGGUAAUUUUGCUGGAUGGGGGAAAAAAAAAUCUCUUUUAUAUAUUUCUAAUUUUGAAGAAAGUCUAGGCAACUACAUGAGAUGACCUCUUUUUUUGUGUGUGUGUGUUGGUUGUCAUGUCUGAAUUGGUUCAAGUUUGUUUUUCAUUUGAUUUUCUAAUUCCGAUUAGUUCAGGGGAUUUAUAAUUGACAAAAGCAGGAAAUGGCAGAGAUACUGACUUAUCAAUCAGUAAAAUGCGACUGCUUGAAUGUUUAUUUUCAUGGUUUUUCUCUCAUAUGAUGGCGAAACGAAAAUGCUGCGUGUGGUUAAACUGGAGGCCAAAGCUUAUUCUAUCACACGAUGUGUUAUGAGAUCAGAACAUAUGACAUUAGUAUGCACCAAGAUAUAUUUCUGUAUGUACAGCCGGGAGGGAUUCCAUGAAUCCUUCUAGUUUUACCUGUGUAUGACUUUUUUUAAUUCAUCGCCCUUUUCCUCAAUACUUAAUAUAUAUUUUUGUUUUAAUCCUCUGCAGCUUGUUGCUUAAUAUAUGGAUCAUUUUUAAUAAAUAUUAAUUAUCAUUUCAGCUCUGAUGUUCGUUUUAGGACUAUUGGAUAUAUUAUUUGUACGGCACGCCUUUUACUCAACUUUGUUGAAAGGACCUUCAGUACAAUUAGUUUUUGGUUUUGAGGUGCGUAUCAAAAGGUUUGCUUUCAGAUAAUAAAUCAUGCAAGUUAUAAAAAUAAGAAGAAAACAACAGUUCCAAAUAAGAAAGUUAUUAUUUUUUUCUUUGUACGUACAUCUUGUUGUUACUUAAAGUUUAAAAUUUUGUAUAAAAGUUUCCUGACAUAAGUUUAACCCAAUUUUUUUAAUGCAUAACUUAUGGGAUUAUAGUUAAAUAAAAUGUUUACUCACCCUUUUCCUUUGCAGUACGAAAUCCUAUUCACAGUAGUUCUUAUGACAUUCAUCAAAUAUGUGCUUCACUCUAUAGAUCUUCAAAGUCAGAAUCCUUGGGAUAAUAAAGCAGUGUAUCUUCUUUAUUCAGAACUUGUCAUGGGUUGGUAGAGUAGUUAUUUAGAUUUACACAUUUACACAAACUUAUAUUUUUUUUCUGUUCUACAAAGUCGAAUACUUAGUUAAUCUUUACAUAUCUUCUCACUUGUAUCCCUUAGUUCCUUAAAAGUGUCACUAUUUGUAGACUGCUUUAUAUUUCAGGUCUUAUUCGUGUGGUGCUGUACGUGGCCUUUGUCCUUAUCAUGAUCAAAGUUCAUACAUUCCCAUUGUUUGCUAUUAGACCCAUGUAUCUCACUGUCAGGUAAAAUAUUACAUUUAACUUGUUAAGCUUAAUGAGAUAUUGUCUCGCAAUUUUGAUUGCCUGAAAUAAUUGCUCAUUUGAAAUGCAUGUAAAUUUUAAUUAUUUUUCAAAAAAGAUAACUUUUACAUGCAGUUAUAUCUAACAAUUGUUUUAGAAUUAUGGAAAUGUAUUAUGGAUUUGUAUAUGCUCAGAGAUUAUUAUCUAAAUGCUAAUAAAAGGGGGCUUAAUUGUUAGAAAUUAAUAAUUGCAUAAUUAAAUUUUUAUAAAUUGUUAAAUGCAUUAUUUAAUUUUUAUAAAUUGAUAAUUGUAUUAUAUUUUAAGUUUAUGAUAUUAUUUUUUAUUUUCAGAGCAUUCCAGAAGGCAGCUCAAGAUGUGAUACUCUCAAGGAGAGCUAUAAGAAAUAUGAAUACUCUGUAUGUGGGAAAAGUAGAGAAUAUAAUAAAAUAAUCAUCAACUCUCUGUAUAAAUCAGACAGAGCUGUAUUAUUAUUUUGUUUAAUUUUAACUCUUUGUGUAAAUUUAUUUGGUAUGCUUACCCUAUUUUAUCAUUAUAUAACAAAUUUAAUUCAAGAACAACAUUUUUUGGGCGUUUUUUUAAAGUUAUUUAAAGUAUAUAUUGUAGCAUAUUAAAAAACCCCAUGAUCUUUUUGCAGUUGGGUAAAAAUGACUUAUUUUUGCUUAUUCAGACUAUGGUUUUUACUUAAUGGUAAUAAAAUCUGAAAAAUUAAGUGUACAAUCAAUUAUCUUUUUUUUAAAAAAAUUUUUUUUAUGUAGCUACCCUGAUGCAACACCAGAGGAACUGAGUUCUGGUGACAAUGUGUGCAUUAUCUGCCGUGAAGAAAUGACAAGUGGGUGCAAGAAGCUUCCCUGCAAUCACAUUUUCCACACAAGCUGUUUGCGCUCGUGGUUCCAGCGCCAGCAGACAUGCCCGACGUGUCGUCUCGAGGUUCUGCGCAUGCCUAGGGCUAAUGCCGCUGUUGCCCAACAGCAGCAACAGCAGCAGCCGGCUCAGCAACAGCAACCAGCUGUUGAACAGAUACAGAAUCCAUUUCAAAACAGUAAAUGUCUAUAUGUUUAUUGUUGUAAAUGAUUAUAUCAUUCUUUUAAAUGAAUGUUAAGAGAGUUGUUUCUUUAAAAAAUAAAUACUUUAGUUUUUUUUUCCAAUUCAGGUGAGGUGAAGCAUUCUAUUUAUGAAAGCAUGUAAAAAAUUGUAUAAGGUUCAUAUUGGUGCUAUCAUGGGCUAAGACAGUGAAAAAGACUUCACAUCUAAAAUAAAUGGUCUUAAAAUUAUGAAAUAAGAAGAAAAUUAACGUACAGUAUCUAUGAUUAUCAUUGUUAAAUUUCAGUGCCUGGUAUGUUCGGUGGCUUUCCUUUCCAGUGGCCACCCAACGCCGGAGGUCAAGGUGUCCCUCCACCUUUCAUGUGGCCGCCCCAACAACAACCACCUGCUGCUGCCCCUCCGCCACCACCUACCAGUGGUUCAGCUGAAAGUCAGGCACAGGCAACAGCUGGUAUGUUAUUUGAAUCCCUAGUAACAGCUGUGCUGGAAACAUACUAAGUGUAAUUUUUGAAAUUACUAGUAAUAUAUUUUCUUCACUUCACACCACCACAGAUGCUAAAACAUAAUUUUUUAAUAGGUACUCAUGUUUGUGUUGAGAUUUUUGGAUGUCAGUGUUUAUUUUACACUCAUUAAACAUCAGGAAAAUUAAGCAAUAUUUUAUGAUGCAUCACACAGACUAUUUGAGUAUUGUAACAAGUGUAAGACAGUGCCCAGGCAUCACAAAUCUUAUAAAGUGUUGAUUUCACUAAAUAAAAUUCCAGAUAACUGCUAGUAGUUGGUGUAAUAUAUCUGCGAUGUAAAUGGUGAUGGGACAUUAGAAUAUUAAAUUAGUUCAAUGGGCAGUCAUUUACAGGGAAGGGGGGGGGGGCUCUAUUUAAGAAGCUUAUAAGAGCAUUACUGGAAUGCAUGAUUUGUCAAAUAACUUCAGUAGAUCAGAAGUUCAUGCAUUGCUGCUUCCAUUGUUUGUCGGGCUAUAGCUGGUUGGACAUAAUUUUAAAGUCCUUCAUCUUUCACUUCUACAGCUUCAACUUCCACCCCAACCACUGAUGAUGGAGCAACAUCAACUACAGCACCUACAACAAUACCUGCUAUGAAUUUCCCAUUUGCAAACAUGCCUCCAUUCAUGCCACCUGUGAUGCCACCUAUGUUUUCACCUCUGUUUUCUCCAUUUGGUGAGUUGACUUGCACACAAUUUAAUGUUAGCUAAAGAUACACCAAAGCAGAUACAGCAAAAUUAAAUCAAAAGAACAAACGAAUAAAAAUUAAAUUGUUGAUUCAGGUUAUUGUUUUUUUUUAAACAUAGGUAGGACAGGGUUCCGCAACCUUUUUAGGUGAGCAGCCAUUUUUAUUAAGAAAAGGAUUGUUUAAAUCUAUUUAUAGAUAUUUUUAAAUUAAAAAGCCACAUCUUCUCCAGUGGUCACAGAUACUGGUUGCCCAUCACUUGCUUAGGAUAAUUAAUUGUGCUGCUACAAUUUCACGACCACUAAGCAUGUCAGAUUGUGUUUAAGUAUGGAUAACUUUAGCAAUGUGGGCUAAGUAUUCCUUUCUGCAAGAAAAUUAUUUACUUUGAAAAAUGCAUGCACUGAAACUUGUCUUAUCAGAAUAUUAAAGAUAAAAAUUGUAUAUUUAUUUCAGGUUUCCCGCCACCUCCAAUGCCCAUGGAUGGUCUCAGUGAGGAAGAACUGUUGACAAUGGAAGGAAUAGAAAGGGCAAAUAUAGAGGCUAGGAUACAGUGGUUGAGAGACAUACAGGCAUUGCUGGAUGGUGCCAUGGUACUCAUAAACCAGUAUAAUACUGUGGCUAGUCACAUAGGGUAAGUAAGGUAUUAAAAUCUUUUCACUUUUAUGUCAUAUUAUGAAAGGAGCUUUAAAUCUUUUCAUUUUUAUGUCACAUUAUGAAAGGGGCUUAUAGCAACACCACAAAAAGAAAGCUGGAAGAAAAAGGGAACACAAAGAUUUUGUUAAACUUUCAUAGAGCAAAUGUAUGAUUUUAAUGUUUCGAACGCUACAAAUAUCUUUCUAAGAAAGUAACCUCUAUGACACACCGAACUUUUCUGAAAACUUAUGAAGUCCAAAAAAUUAUUUAAUAAAAACCACUUUCAAAUAUGCAAUUAAAAAAAAAUUAUUAAAAGAUUAGCACAAUUUAUUUAUAUUGUUUUAUAGAUAUAAUGUAUAUAAUUUGUUUUAUUGUCACGGGGUAAUUUGAAAUUACUUUCUGUUUCCUCCUCCCCCUCUCCCCAUUAUUUUAGUGGCUAUCAGUGAAGUUAAUUUUAUUGCUAUGAAGUAAUUAAAUUUUUAAUAUGACUAGUCAUUGCCAUCCAAAUCAACUUUACAUACAAAGCAACCAUCUGUGGUAAAGGAAUUAUGUCAUUGCAGGAGCUAUGGAAUUCAGACAUCACCAAUACCACCACCCUACUCUACAUCAGGGCCUACCAAUGCCUCGGCACCUGUGCAGCAAACCAACGCCAGCUGGUGGCCUGAAGGAUCAGGUGCAAGGCCAAAAUACACUUCAACGUUGAGCAAAACAGAAACUACAGAUUCGCCCAAGGAGAGAAAAAGUAGCUUUACAUCUAGCUCAUCAGGUAGGGUAAUAUAGUUUAUAGUAGAUCAACUGUCAGUGUGGCCUUUAAGCCAGGAGCUGGAGUAAGCGGAGACACGGAUGAAAGAUUAGAUGUGUAUGUUGUAAGUUUAAUCAAAGCUUCUAAUGAACUGAUUUUGUUUCAUUAACACUGACUAAUUAAGCACACAAACAGGAUGCAAGGAAUGUAAUUUACCAUUACCGGUAACCAAUAAAUCAUGCUUGAAAUUCAGGGGUGAUUAAAGCCUUGCAUACUUAAAAUGUAAUGUCAGUUUCCAUUUUCUUAAAUUUUUUCUUAAAUAUAAUUUAUUCUUUUUUGUGUGUAGAUAAACCUUUGGAAGGGGCAACAGGAGUGACGUUGCCUAAGGAUGAGACCAUUCCUCAGUGGGAAGAUCCCAGGGUUGAAGGACACGAGGAUGACAUGCAUGAAGUACGCAAGCGAAGGCUUCAGCAUUUUAGCCAACAGUUGAAUCAUAGCUAUAGCAGUCCCUUGGUCAGUUCUCCGAGAAGCGAUGAUGAUGAUGCCAGUAGUAGUUUUGAUGGAGUCAAUAAAUCAGAUGAUAAUGAUACACAUUAGCUACUGAACUCUUAUCUAAAUUAAUUCAGUGUCUUUACUGCUCAGUUGAAAAGAAGUACGAUUGCCAGCUCUUUGCCUGAACCAUUUUUUAAAACAAAUUACUUUCUUUGUAUAACGGUGGUGAAUACAGAAGGGGAAAAGAUCAAAUUGAAUUCAAGAAAUAUUCCCUCUACUUCAUAACACCUUUUCUUGGCAGGAAAAAAAAAUGUGUAAUUACCAUUUGGAAAGCUGAUGAGUUAUCAUUGAAAAAAAAUAUAUAAAUUAUUUUUAAUAUAAAAACAUUAACAAAGUUAAUAAUUUUUGGCUUCACUAAUGUUCAUAGUAAUGCAUUUUGAUGAUGAAUGAUCUAAUGAGAUGAAAUGACAGUGAGCGGUGCUGUCAACUGUACUAAACUGUGAUGUUCAUGAAUGGCUCUUAUUUCCUGCUCUGAAUAAUAAGAGUAAUGCAUAGAAUGUAUGAGGCGGCCCCAAUUUUCUUCCUGGAAUGCAUGGAUAUAAAAGGGAUGAUUUUUUUUGUAUCAAUAUAAAUGCGGCUGACAUUGUGUUACUAAGACUCCAACAACAAGAUCAUCUAUUCCUCGACACUACACAUGUUUCACUUUAAUUAAAGCAUGAAUGAGAUGAGUGUUUACUUGUUUAGGUGAUCAACUGUAAAGACUAAUUUUGUACAUAAGAAUCUAUUUUUGUUGAUGUUAUAUUUCAUUUGAUCAUGUGAUGUCAUUUCGAUAGUGGUUGGGUUUUUUUUUUCCCUCGCUUCUUCAAAUUCGCAAGAAAACAAACAAAUAAAACCAGGAACAAAAAAAGAGGGAUCUCUUUGUCUAGUUAGACAUUUUGGUCUUGUUCAAGCUUAUUUUGGUCUUGUUCAAGCUUAUUUUGGUCUUGUACAAGCUUUAUAUUCUGCUUAACACAUUGUACAACAUUUGUCAGUUAACUUUCAUAUAUUUAGUAUUACGAUAUAGCUCAAUUUGAAAUCUCUUGUGUUAUUUUAAUGAAACAAACGUACUAUUAAUACAGUGAUCUUGGAAGAUUUACAAAUAUUAGCAAUGAAUACUUGAAACUUGAAGUGAAAUGUAGCAAAUUUGAGACUUUUUUUUUUCAUUUACAAAGCUCUUGUCAGUGAAAUAAAAUGAAACAAAUUUGUAAAAAAAAUCUUGAAAAAAAAUUAAUAGUCCACCGAUAAUUUGAGUUUGAGUGGUCUUUACUGUUCAGUUCAUUUGACCACCAGACUUUAAAUCACCAGUCGUCAGUUGAUGCAUUGACUUUAUACUUCUUGUUGGCUGAACUGUCGGAGUGCACACCAAUGAGAGCACAGCCUGGCAAGAUUAGUUCAGUGCUGCAUGUAAUGCCAUGGAAGAACUGCUUAGUUAUAGCAGUUUAAGAAUAAAUGGAGAUGGUUAUUUUUCAAUUUGACCUUUUGUUUAGGUUUUGUUUUGAGCUCUUUCCUUAACCUGGGGUUGCUCUGGGUGUGAAUUCUGUAAUCAUUUGAUAUUUAUGUUCAAAGCAAUCCUGCCGUGAAACUGAUGAUAAAUGAUUGAAAUUUACUGAUGAUGUGUGGUAGGGGUGGGGGGGGGUUUACAAUGAUUAAUUGUGACAUGCUAAAAUGUACAUCAUUCUUUAAAUACCCGGUGCAUUCAGCAUGUGUAGUGUUUUUACUCUGAUAAGAUAUCUUACAGAAGGGGUCGUUCGCUAAUUAGGGGGGAUCGAGAAUUCGUGACACUAUGUGUCAGGGGGGAGAUGGGGAGGGUAAAAAAAAAUUGUGAAGUCACGUCUUUCUUUUUUUUUUAAAUCUAAAAUUUUCUAAUUUUGAAAAAUCUUUAUUCAAUUAAUUUUAAAAACAUUAAUUUGCGGUCGAAAUAGCCUAAGAUAUUAUAGUUUAUAGGUACCAUGAAACUCAGUCGUGCAGACCUGCGCAUAUCGAAAAAUGACGCAAAAACUGUUGUGGCCAUUUUACAUUUGGCUUGUGGAUUACUUCGUUGUUUCCCGUCUCAAUUUUCUAAUAACACUACUACUACAUCUUAAUCCAUUAAGAG